AUGGCGCCGGCGAAUCAUGGCGGCCCUUUCCCCGCGGCGAUCAUUCGCCCCGGAGAGCCCGCAGCCCGCCUCCCCCCCGAGACCGUGACCGCGACUGGGACCGCGACCCUACGUGCCCGGCCGGUCCCCAGGGCGGCCUGGCCACUCGCCGCCGCCGAGGAUGGGUCGUUCACCACCGAGACCUGGGAGAACACCACCGAGACCUGGGAGAUCACCCCUCAGGACUGGAAGAUCACCCUCGAGGCCUGUGAGAUCACCCCUCAGACCUGGAAGAUCACCUCCGAGGCUUGGGAGGUCACCGCUGAGGCCUGGUCGAUCGCCACCAAGACCAGGAAGGUCACCGCCGCGUAUCGGGAGAUCGCCGCCCAGAAUGGGGCGCUCACCGUUGCGCCGAAGGUCUAG